AUGGGUCCGACUGCGGUGGUCCGUGCCCCGCCCCUCUACCCCCAGGUGCUCAAGGAGGGCGUGCUCGACGACAUCGCAAAGGGCAGCGGCGCCAGCCUGAAGAGCGCCGGCCCUGCCGCAGACCGGUCCGCGCCGCUGAUAGCGCCGGACGUCGAGGUCAAGCCGAGCCCAAUGGCGGACCUCAGGAAGGAGCUCGCCGCUGUCGAGGCGUCGCCGGCCCUCAAGCACGCGUCGGCGGACCGGUCGGCGCCGAUCAUCGACGGCUCGGUCAAGGUCAAGCCGAGCCCGAUGCCCGAUCUCGUGGAGGAGAUCCAAAAGUCGCCGAGGAGCUUGAACCCGCGAGUCUGA